CGUUAUGGCUCCGUCCCCCUUUCCUCCGGGCGGGGAGUGUGUGGAUAUAUAUCUCCGCAACCGGACUCUUCGCCCAUCGACUCAAAUAACGGGACUCUUGUGAAUGAUCGCGAUUAUCAGGAUAAAUUAUACAAAGAGUCAGUCAAGAUGAUGUCCAAUAUCAUUAUUCUAAUUUUGAUAGUGUCCGUAUCCCUGUCUUUUUGGAUUAUUUCCAUGACCGUGAGUACCUAUUAUGGUACUCUGCGGCCUGUGUCCCCCUGGAGGUGGCUGUUUUCUGUUUUAAUUCCACUAAUCAUUAGUUCACGGGGACUGAAGAAUAAAAGUCUUGAUCAUAGCGGAGCUAUAGGAGGGUUGAUUGUUGGAUUCAUCCUUACAAUUGCCAAUUUCAGUUUCUUUGUUACCCUGUUAACCUUUUUCAUUACGUGCUCUAAACUUACAAAAUGGAGAGGCAAUAUGAAGAAGCUUGUAGAUGCAGAAUAUAAAGAAGGUGGUCAAAGAAACUGGAUACAAAUAUUCUGCAAUGGAGGUGUUCCGACAGAGAUUGCAUUACUUUACAUGAUUGAAAGCGGACCAGGAGAAAUUGCAAUUGAUUUUUCAAAACAAUACACUGCCUCCUGGAUGUGCCUGGCUCUCCUGGGAGCUCUCGGCUGCUGUACAGGGGAUACCUGGGCUUCAGAGAUAGGAAGCGUCUUCAGUAGUACAAAACCAAGGUUGAUAACCACUUGGGAAAAGGUUCCAGUUGGUACUAAUGGAGGAGUCAGCCCUGCGGGUCUUGUAGCAAGCUUACUUGGUGGUAUGACUGUUGGAUUAGCUUACCUGCUAGCUCAGUUGAUGAUGGUGGAAGACCUGGAUAGUUCACCGCCUCAGUGGCCACUUGUUGCAUAUGGCGCUGUGGCAGGUCUGCUUGGUUCUGUUUUGGAUUCCUAUUUGGGCGCCAUAAUGCAAUAUUCAGGAUAUGAUGAAAACAGUGGGAUGGUUGUCAAUCACAUAACUCCCAAUGCAAGGCACAUCUCUGGAAAGCCUAUUCUGGAUAACAAUGCAGUAAACCUGUUCUCUACUAUCAUUAUUGCUCUGGUGCUGCCAGGAAUGUCCUUUUCUUUUUGGCCUAGAAGUUAAAUUCUGAAGGAAUACCCUGAUCAAACUGUUGAUUGAAAAUAUAGUAAAUGAAUGUGGUAAAAUAGAGAUAAUUGAACACAUUUUGACAAAUGCAUGAGACAGCCUGCAAUAAUUUAGUUAUUUUGAGGUUGCAGGUCAAUAUGUUUCUUAACAUAUUUAAUUUGUGCUCUUUUAAGACAAUUGACUGGUUUAUUCUUGAAAUGCCUAACCACUCGUUGCUGCUCACUAAACAACAUUUUUUUAUCCGAAUUGAUUUUUGUUUGGUCAUGUUAAGGUG